GUCAUUUCAGUCCACUGCUCGGUGUGUCAGGUCAUUCUCGGUACCUGACAGUGAGACCAGGAUGGCAGGACGGUUUCUCCUUCGAGCUUGUUCAACAACAUUGCGGCUGAGGAGCCAUGUGGCGGCUACACGGUCACACCGUGCCAUGGGCACCCUGAAAGGAAUACCAACAGAUGACGAACAGGCCACUGGACUGGAGCGACGUACCCUGCAGGCCUUUAAACAGGGAAAGGAUCCCUACAGCAUUCUGAAGCCGAAGCAGCAUGCUGGAACCAAGGAAGACCCUCACAUUGUGCCGUGCAUUGGAACCAAGAGGCUGGUGGGCUGUCUCUGCGAGGAAGACAACACAGCUAUAGUGUGGUUCUGGCUUCAUGAGGGAGCCGGCGAGCGCUGUCCUUCCUGUGGUUCCCACUAUAAGUUGGUCCACCACGAGCUGCCCCAUUGAAACUGAGUUCAUCACCAAAAGCUCUGUACAAAUGGGACAUCAUCCUUAUUUGCCUCCUUCAUGGCCAUAUACGACAAUGUCUGCAUAUCAUUUCACAUGUACAGUUUAGCAUUAAAAUGUAUACCUGAA